AUGCUUAUCGGGAAUACACAAGAAUAUUCGAAGUAAGAAGAAACUUAAGUCCUGCGCUUACCCUAAUUUUAGGUAAUGACAUCAAAUAUUAUUAGUGCAAUUUUUUAGGUAUUAAUAUAAGAAUAAGAAAAUAUGAGCAAUAAUGAAGAUGAGCAUGUACAAGUGGUUGAAACUUUCAACAAUAAUGUUAGAUUUACAAUUUAUGGAGAACCUUUUAUUUUUUUAUAGAUUAUGAUUAUUAUAAAAAGUAGAAAAAAUCUUAAAUUUUGAAAUGAAAUUCAGAGAAUAAUCAAAGAGAGUUAGGAAUAUUCAUUUUGGAAGGUCAAGGGAAUGAGAAGAUAUUUUAGAAAAGUUGCAGAAGAUCACUAAGUUGUAGUAAUAUCAAAUCCAGUGAAUAAGGGAAU